UUCACUCCCUUCCCAUCUGCUCCUGACCGAAACAAUGGACUUUAUAAACUGUCAACAUUGAUGCGAGGUAGUGACAGAGUGGCUAGUAUCGUGCCAGUGGGUGAUAUCGUGCGCAGUAUCCACCUUAUACCGAAGUUUGGAGACUCGGCUCUGCGAGAAUGGACGAGUGAGACCGUUCUUGAGGACUGUAACACGUUUUGGGUCAACUCAUACAUUGAUAGACAUACUUUUUCAAUAUUCAGAUAA